UUAAGGGGCUCGCACCUUCCCCGUCUGUCGUCGCUGGGUGAAAACGCUAGAGGGCGGCUGAGCCGUUUUCCCCUCCGGAGAAGGGGUGCUUGAGAGCGACCGGGGCGCAGUUACAUGUCUCGGUGGCCUCUUGAGAGGGAUGCGAGUUGGUGGCUUUUGCCAAGCAACCCGCAGCCGGGCGCUGACAUUUUGCCCGCAAGCCGUCGGCUGGCAGGCGCCCUCUCCGUGUGCCGCUGGGGACGAGGCGAACUUCCGAAGCCGCCGCUAGCGACAAGGCUCCGCUUUCGCUCUGUUCGGCUAACGACUUCCGUGAAAUGCACCGCGAGGUUUGGCCAAAUGUCACACCUGACCUUGUUUUCCUUCUGCCCUUUUUCAUCAGUAAGGCCGCAUUUUGAAAACCUGAAAUUGCGUUCGGCGCAGCUUCUGUAGGAAAAUUGACGCCUGGAGCAGAACACAGGAGCGUUUUGUUUAAUGGCUGCUAAGUUUAUAAACUGCACACGACCACAUGGAAAAACCUGGCAGGACUGAUAUUUAUUUUUCUGCCUUUUUUUCUUCUCUCUGCAUGUGACUUUUAUUAAAAUCAAACUUCUUGCAAAAGAAGGAGACUUUGUCUCCCAUUUCGCUGCAAACAAGGGACACAGCCUGGGCCCUGCAAAAGGAUCGCAAGCGAGGCCCGGGCCCUCUGGCAAAUACCCUCCGCGGGCCUUCUUUUUUUUGUGCAAGCUGCUUGAGUUGAAGGAACUGCUGGCAAAGCUUUUGUUCUCUGGAAACAGAAACUGGAGUAAUCCUCUGGCACUGGAACAAAAGUGUUGCAAAUGUAAGGACGAAGAGAAAGAAAUUGGUGCGACCGGCGGCUGCGGGCACCUGAGAUUCGUGCUGUUGGAUUACGAAGGUGAGGCGAGUGGAAGGAAACGGAGAGGAUGAUAAAAGUGGUCUUUCUCAAGCAAGCUGCCCGGCAUAGCUUGUGAGAGCACCCUUUGGCUCUUCUGCCUGAGGCCGGCCGAGGGUCUCUCACCGGCCAGUGGACUGAGAAGGGGCCUCUUCUGCGUCAGCAGCCAUGAAGUGACUCUCUGAGCGCGGGAUUUGUUUGCUCUUCCGCUUGUCCGCUUGCAGAGGAGGCGAGACCCCUUCCCUUGGUGCUUGGGGCAGCCACAGCUGGCCCUCGGGGAUGGACCCUGGAAAUGACGCCCUCCUCUUUGCUGACGUCCGCCUGUGUGGGUAUUUGCGCAAGCAGAAGUCCAACCGCCGUCGCUACUUCGUGCUGCGCUGCGGUGGGGCGCGGGGGCCCUCCCGACUCGAGUACUAUGAGAGCGAGAAGAAAUUCCGGGCUGGGGGCCUUUGCUCGCGUCCCAAGAAGACUCUCCUCCUUGGGGGAAUGCUUACCAUCAACAAGCGUGCAGAUGCCCGGCACCAGCACCUGAUUGUCCUCUGUGGGCGCGAGGGCACCUUUGGCGUGGCUGCGGAGAACGCUGAACAGCAGCAGGUCUGGUACACGGCCUUGGUGGAGCUGCACGGCAAAAGAACAGCACCCCUGGAGGGGGACUGUGGGGCUGCCUGGUCCGGCCCAGCCUUCAAAGAAGUGUGGCAGGUCAGCCUCCGCCCCAGAGGUUUGGGGCACACCAGGAACCUGGCCGGGGUCUACCUCCUGUGCCUGACUGAGAAGACGGUCAACCUCGUGAAGCUGAACUCGGACGAGGCAGCCGUGGUCCUGCAGCUGCUCAGCAUCCGCCGCUGCGGCCACUCGGAGAACUACUUCUUUAUGGAGGUGGGCCGCUCGGCCACCACGGGGCCCGGGGAGCUCUGGAUGCAGGUGGAGGACCUGGUGGUGGCCCAGAACAUGCACGAGACCAUCCUGGAGGCCAUGAAGGCCCUCAGCGAGGAGUUCCGGGGCCGCAGCCGCAGCCAGACGCUGGCUUCCACGCCCAUCUCGGUGCCCCUGCACCAGCAGCACCGGAGCAACCCGUCCCCUGGCCAAGGGGCCUUCCCGUGGAGGAGUCGCCCUGAGGGGACGCCCUCUUUGGGCCGGCGCCCCACAGCCUCGGGGCAGGAGCCAGGAGCCCGGAAGCCAGACUCCUUGAGCGACUACAGCGCCGUGUCAUCUGACGAAGGUGGCUCCAGCCCGGGGGAGCUGCGGCCUCCCGGCACACCCGACCCCCUGAGCUCCAUGGUGGUGGACGGGGAGCUGGACUACAUCAGCAUGGGCCAGCAGGCCUCCCCUGAUGGGCCCUGCCUGCUCAAGUGGCCGUCGGGAGGCGUGGCCAGCAAGCGGGCAUCUCUGCCCCCACUGGUCCUGAGCAAAGGCCCCCCUGGUCUGCUGUGUCGGAGGCAGGGGGCCAAGCCCCCCACGGUUUCAGCAAGCUACCCAGAAGGGCUCAACCUUCACGGCACUGACCCCGGGUACAUGGCGAUGCUGCCGGGCGUGGCCACAGGUGCCGAGGACCAAGACUACGUCCCAAUGACCCCCGGCAGUGUCUCUCCCCCCCGGGAAAGUGGGGGCUACAUGCUGAUGUCCCCCAGCAGGAGCUGUUCGCUGGAUGGGAUGGGCCAGUGGGCUGCAGGGGGCAGGGAGAGCAAGUCUCUGGCGGGCGAGUACGUGAACAUGUCCCCAGCCGGACAGGUUGCCCCUGACGUCCCACCCGAGUAUGGCCUGUUGCUGCCCCUCCCGGGCCACGCUCCAUUCUUCUCCCUGCCACACUCCUACAAGCACGGCCCCACGCCCCCCUGGCGCACCGCUGGCCCCCGGCGCCUCUCCUGCUCCUCGUCCACCAGCUCGGAGAGCCUGGAAGACGCCACGGCCGCCUCUCGCUAUCCCCUCAGCCUGUUUGCCGACCUGCCUGGGAGCUCCACCACCGUUGCGUACCACUCUGGAGCUGACUAUGUCAACGUGGCGCUCCAAGCAAUGCCAGUGGACUCCAGCCAGGCGGCAGCACCUGAUAGCUUGGUGGAGCCGGGGCCUGGCCCCCAAGCUGGCCCGCAAGAAAAAGCGAGCUGCCGCUGCGAGGCUGAAAGGAAUGCUGUCCCGCCAGACGAGGCCCUGAGGGAGAGCGGCCUGAACUACAUUGCCCUCGACCUGGCCAGGGAGGCUGCUCCGGACCUCGCCCUCGCUUUGCGCCCAUCUGCCAGCCCCUGCCAGCCGGGAGCCCCCCACGCCUAUGCCAGCAUUGACUUCCACCGCCUGGGGGAGCUCCAGGGGUUGGAGGCAAGCCCCAAAGGGCCUCCAGACCUCUGACCUUCUGGGAGCUCCGUGGUAGUUUGGCACCAGAUCGCCUCUUCUCCGUCCCCCUCCUGGGCUGGAACUGUCUUUUUUCUGUUUCCAUUUGCCAUUUCCAUCUGCCGCCCCCCACCCUGCGGGUCCCAGGCCGUAUGCAGAUGCUAAGUGCUUUGGGGAGGCGCUUCUGCCCCUUCCCCGCAGAAGACUCCGACGAUGCUGUUCCUGUGCCUCAUGUAUACCAAAGAUGAGCUGGGGGGGGGAGGGAGGGGGGUAGUUCUGGCCCUGUGCUUUGGGGUAUACGUAUGGCACAAGGGCGACAACCCCAAAACCCUUGCCCGGAAUGACGGAAAGGAACGGAUUAACUUCUAUGAGCAUCUGAAAGUAGCCAUAGCCUCAUGCUGUGGGACCCCCGUGGCCCUUGGACUUGUAACCUCGCCCCCCAGCUGAGUCGAGUGCCUGCGUUCAUCCUCCCCCCAGCCUUCCCCUGCAAGGCCGGGGGCUCCCUCCCUCUUUUGCUGCUGCUGCUGCAUUUUGCACAGGCCUGGCCCCACCAGCUGCCACUGGGGGUAUUUGGUGGAUGCAGGGCCCCCCUUGCACAGACCCCCAUUGUCCUGGGCUGGCCAGAGGAACCAUUCUUCAUUCUGUGCCCACUC